AUUCACGUGACAGACACCCCUACUAAAAUAUCUCCCCAUAUCCUAAUAUCCCACACGUGACCGGCUAUCCAUUCCCGUCUACCCACCCCUACCCUCUCCCUCAUCAAGUCACGCCACCUCCCAACCCGAGUACGAAAAAUCCCAGAGAUCGAUUGAUUAGAUAACCAAAAAACGAGGGACACACACUCCACUCCACUCGACGCGACAGGGGGUCAUCUCAAUCCGAUUCCGUAUUCGUACAACAAUCUUUCAUAUUAACCAGGCCCUCCCCCCCUCUCUCCUUCCACCUCCUCUUCCUUCCUCCAUCACCACCGACAAAAGACCACCAUCUUCACUACACACGAAGACAGCACUCCGGCAUCCUAUUUUCUUUUAAGAAGACCCAUUGGGUUGGCGUUCCUCUACUGAUCCGCCAUCCACCAGCCGCCUCGGCGCUCUCCUUUCCUCAAAACCAACAACCUUCCGGCUUCCGGCACCGCAGCAGCCAUGGACAUCGUCCUCGAAGUCGUCGACACCUUCGCCCUCGACUAUGCAUACGCGUACCUCCUCCCCGCCGGCCCGGCGCCCUUCGACCUCGCCGGUAGCGGGCUGAAGAACCAGACUCUCGAUACUUUGGCUUCGACGUGGAUCUAUGAGCCCGCGAGCACGUAUCUCAAUUUCGCACCGAGCGCGGCGGCGUAUAUGAGUGCUUGGCCGCGUGAUUAUAUUUGGAGGCAGUUUAUUUCUUUGUUUGCGAUUACCUGGAUCUUCGGCCUAGCCCUCUACUUCAUCGUCGCCACAGCAUCCUACUACUUCCUCUUCGACCACGCGACCUUCUCGCACCCCAAAUUCCUCAAAAACCAAGUCCGCCUCGAGAUGACCCAAGCCAACACCGCCAUGCCCGUCAUGUCCCUCUUGACCGCCGCCUGCUUCGUCGCCGAAUGCCGCGGCUACUCCAAGCUCUACGACACCACGGCCGAGGGGCCGGGGGCGUGGUACAAUUUCCUCCAGUUCCCUGCGUUUCUCUUCUUUACGGAUUUUUUUAUUUAUCUCAUUCAUCGCGGAUUGCAUCACCCGGCCAUCUAUAAGACGCUGCAUAAACCCCAUCAUAAGUGGAUUAUGCCCACGCCAUUCGCGUCGCAUGCGUUUCACCCGCUCGAUGGGUUCGCGCAGUCGAUUCCGUACCAUGUGUUCCCGUUCAUCUUCCCGCUUCAAAAGGUCGCGUAUGUGGGCCUGUUCAUCUUCAUCAAUAUGUGGACGAUCCUCAUCCACGACGGGGAGUUCGUGACGCAGUCGCCGGUGAUUAAUGGAGCGGCGUGUCAUACGAUGCAUCAUUUGUACUUUAACUAUAACUACGGACAGUACUUUACGCUGUGGGAUCGCGUGGGGGGGAGCUAUAGGAAGCCGAACCCGGAGUUGUUCUCGAAGGAGAGCAAGAUGGGGGCUAAGGAGUGGGAGAGGCAGGUUAAGGAGAUGGAGAGGAUUCAGGGGGAGGUGGAGGGGGUAGAUGAUAGGAGUUAUGGCGGGGGAGAGACGAAGAAGAAGAUUUGAAGAGAUGACGACGAUGGAGGGGGUUGCUGGGACUGGAUGGAGUCCGGGAGAGAUGAUGGUGGUGGAGAGUGACAUAGAUGUCGUGGUGCGGAUGGCGUUUUGUAUAUUUAAUAAGAGGGCGAAGGGAAGUCUAUAUGCGCGGUGCGCGAGACGUAAUGGGUGGAGAUGAAAUGACGAAAAAUUGUACAAAUGGGAAAGUCAUCCGCUUUGGUUGUAAUAAAAUAUAUAUAUAUACAUAGUAUUCGCAACUUCUUACAAACAGA